AUGAUCCUGAAGUGUGAAUUUUACCAAACCACGUUUUAUUCUACGUUGGUUACGCUCUACGCUACGUCGCCUAGAGAAACACGUGCUACAAGUGUUUAUAUCAGUGAGGUUUAUAAGGAAAAUAACAAAUAUGAAACUCACAUUGUACUGAUUCUUAGACUGUUGAUUGUCUGUGAUGUAAUGAUGUCACAGAGAGGUUUCAUUGGUGUGUUUUGUUCAAAGAAUUUAUUGAAGCUACAAUAUUUCAGGGUUCAAAAGAGAACCUGUGUUCUCUACGGCGGGAGUCUUCGCGACACUGCCAUCAACUGCAUGGACGAUGAUGACCUCCUGGCCGCUCGCCUUCUAGGACUGAACAGAAACACUGGACGUCGGAGCUCCGAGAGCGGUUUGGCCACCGAGUACUGGGGGCGGAGCUCCACCCCCGGCGCCACCAUGUACGACUCGGGCAUGGGGGGCACGAUACGACAGAAACCCGGCAGAAAACCUCGCAAACCUCGCUCGUGGCAUCCAUCUCCUUACGCCUCCGACGACGACGACGACCUCCUGUCCCGCGAAGAGAAAAAGCAAAAAAUUAAAGCCGAGAUCGCGAGGCGUCGGCAGCAGAUCGAGGAGAACUCCCGGUUGCACGAAGAGCUGCUGCGCCUCGCCAGGUUGCGGGAAAGUGCCGAGCUGGGCUACUCCGACCCGAGAGCCUACGGGCCCUACGACCAAAGUCCUCCGCAGUCCGCACGUGAUUCCACCACCAGUGUCUUACGCUCCAUUGACGAGAUCCUCCGGGACGCUCGCGAUCCUUCUUCUGGUUAUUAUAGUGGUUACCCGCCCUUCAAGCCAGGAGGGUCUCCCCCCAGCUGGUACGGCAGUUCCCCCGGCGUCAGAACCUCCCCUCGCCACUACUACGGCUCCCGAGGACCUUCGCCUUCGCGCUAUCCCAUGACAGAGGAAGACCGGUCCAUGGCUCGCCUGGCUUCGACUUUCCAGAACGAGGAGUUCACAGGGGCCCUCUACGACCGCCUCUCCGAUUUCUCCCCCUUAACGGCCGACAUAAGUGAUAGCAUGAGUGACUUUACCCCAGCCAUGCCCUUGCUUCCGGACAUGCCAACCAGGUCCAGGAAGUUGCUCGAGGAUCUGGGGAGCUCACCGAUCACGAGCCAAGCGCACAGAGGCAAGUACGAUGUGCAGAGACGGUAUCGGAAGUAAGUUUUGUUUUUGUGUCGUGGUUCUGUUUGGUCGCUGUCCCUCUUCAAAACCUUCUGUCACAUGCUCGAGCUGUCCCGUCUUCAGGAAAUACGAAGAAGAAGCCAGAGUCUCGUAAACAAAAUGAUGUGAUACUAAUGGAGGGGCUUGUCGACGUUAGUGCACUUAUCAUUAUGUAAAUUUAAGUACCACAAAUUAAUUGGGUUGUAUGUAAUAUGAUGGAAAUAUGGUUCAGUGUAAUCCUUUCCUAAAGUUAACUGAAUAUUACCCCAGUGGCAUGUUUUCUCGCGAAUACAGAAAUAAACGCAAUAUAGAAUACGCCAUAUAUACGUACACACCUGUGAUCAGGAUGUGUAGAAGAGAGUGAUUGAGUUUAUUUGAGUAUAUGUGAAAGUCUAUAUGCGUUAAUGAAUUCAAAAAAGUUUAUUUAUCAUGAUCAAUAUCCUUAUUAUUAUAAUCAUAAUUGUUAUUGUUAUAUACACAGUAUGCGAGUAUGUGUGCGUUUAAUAUGUAUGUAUUCGUACAUAUAAUCAUAUGCAAAA